AUGAGCCUUCAAGAACUUGUUACUUAUCUUGCUCAAAGUCAAACCCAAUUUCAACAAGAGACCAAGAACACCUUCUCCAACAUUCAAGCACAAAUCGGAGACUUGGUCACCGCUCUCAACAAGAUGGAACAAAGGGGUAAACUUCCUUCUCAAACCAAGAAGAACCCCAAUGUGAGUGCAAUAACCUUGAGAAGUGGGAAAACACUUGGAGAAAGCAACCCUAAAAGAGUUUCAAGAGAAGAAGAAGAUGAGGUUAUUGUUGUUGAGCCUCUGAAGGUUGAAGCUACUCCAAAGGAACCGGUUGUGCCAAACGUUGAUCAACCUGACUCUUCCAACAAACCCAUCAAACCAUUGGUCAUACCACCACCCUUCCCUUCCCGGUUAGCCUUUUCCAAGAAGAUAGAAGAAGAAAUUGAAUUAUUUGAAACUUUUCGCAAGGUCCAAAUCAACAUUCCACUAUUGAAUGCUAUUAAGCAAAUUCCAAGUUAUGCAAAAUUUCUCAAGGAUUUGUGCACCAAGAAGAGGAAAUUCAAGGAAAAUGAAAAGAUUCAAGUCAAUGCAAAUGUGUCUACAGUUAUCCAAAAGAAGUUACCUCCCAAAUGCAAGGAUCCGGGAAUAUUUGUUAUCCCUUGUACCAUUGGUGAUUUGCAUGUCAAAAGUGCCAUGUUAGAUCUUGGAGCCUCGAUCAAUGUGAUGCCAUAUUCGAUUUUUCAAUCUCUCAAUGUUGGACCUUUGGAAGAAACCGGAGUAAUCAUUCAAUUAGCAGACAAGUCAAGUGUGUCUCCAAAAGGAGUGUUGGAGGAUGUGUUAGUACAAGUUAAUCAACUUGUUUUUCCUGCGGAUUUUUAUGUCAUUGAUCUUAAAUAG